AUGGCCAAAAAACACAGAGAAGACUCUUCAAACCAUAAAGAUGAUGCGAGGGUAUGGGAGGAAAUUCAACUUAGGAGAAAAGGAAAGAAGAAGGGUGAUAUCUAUGGCAUAGGAGCAUCAGAUACACAUUUUGUGAUUACUGGGACACCGUCUUCCCAAUCCACCCAAUCCACCCAAUCGGAUAGUACACAACAAGAGGUUGAUAGGUUGGGUGCACAAGUUUCUACCAUGGAACAACAACAACAACAAAUGAAAGAACAAAUGGAAAUGGUUAUGAGGAUGAUGAAUAUGUCUGGAAAUCAACCCCGUGCUCCCCCUGAUAAUCCACCUGAGGACAAUUGA